AUGACAGAAGCUGAGCAUGACAAAGCUCUUCAUGAAAUUUUUGAGUGGUUUUCACUCAUUGGAUUAACCUUCAACAAAGACAAAUGUGAGUUCAGUCAAUCGCAGCUCACAUUUUUUGGUUUUGUUUUCUCAGGUGAUGGUAUUUCACCGGAUCCAGCGAAGGUUUCAGCAAUUCACAACUGCCCACCUCCAAAUUCAAUUAAAGCUGUUCGGAGUUUCCUUGGGAUGGUGACAUAUUGUGCGAUAUUUAUCCCUAAUUUCAGUGAUCUCACAGAGCCUUUGCGAAAAUUAACGAGAAAAAAUGUGCCUUUUUGCUGGACAUCUAGGCAUGCUAAAUCCUUCAACGCAGUAAAAGAUGCCCUCACAAGUGCAACAGUUAUGGCAUAUUUUGAUCAAACCAAGGAAACAGAACUUAUCACUGAUGCAUCACUUUUUGGUCUCUCAGCUAUUCUGACACAGAAAGUCCCAGGAUCAGACCAACGAAAUGUUGUUGCAUAUAUCAGUCGUUCGCUGUCGGAUGUUGAGAGACGAUACUGUCAAACAGAGCGAGAAGCUCUUGCAAUUGUGUGGGCAAUUGAACGUUUACAUAUCUAUCUAUACGGAGGACAUUUUACUCUGAUAACUGAUUGCAAACCAGUCGAGUUGAUUUUAAAUAAUCCACAAUCAAGACCUCCAGCCAGAAUUGAGAGAUGGAAUUUACGCUUGCAAGAUUAUGACUUUAAUGUAAGGUAUACAAAGGGACUUGACAAUCCAUCAGAUUUCCUAUCUCGACAUUUACCUGUUAACAACACCACUGAUGACAGACAGUUCCAAACAAUGGCUGACAAUUAUGUUUGUUUCCUUACCCAACAUGCUGUGCCAAGAGCAAUGACUCUGCCUGAAAUACAACAAGCCACCGUGGCUAAUUCAACAUUACAGAUCCUAAGCAACCUCAUCACAACAGGUAAAUGGCAUUUAAUAGACUCUCUCGACGUACAAUCCAAUCCCAAUCCCAAUGUAAAGGUUUUGGACUUGAAAGCAUGUGAGAAAAUUAAAACAGAACUUACACUAAACGAGCAUGAUGGAAUUAUAUUACGAGGCUCUCGAAUUGUGCUUCCAGAAAGCCUUAGACUAAAGGCUGUUCAAAUUGCUCAUGAAGGCCACCAAGGGCUAGUAAAAACUAAACAGUUGUUGCGAGAAAAGGUUUGGUAUCCAGGUAUAGACAAGCUUGCUAAGCACACAGUGGAUACUUGUUUGUUAUGUCAGGCAAAUGGACCAAACAGUCACCAAGAACCACUGCGAAUGACGAUGCUGCCUCCCCAACCCUGGCAUACAAUGAACAUUGAUUUUUGUGGACCAUUUCUAGGUGGUUCAUAUCUGUUAGUGAUUAUUGAUGCAUAUUCACGAUUUCCAGAGGUGGAAAUUGUAAGUUCAACAUCUGCAAAAUCAACAAUAUUGAAACUUGAACAAAUUUUUGCCACACAUGGUAUUCCAAAGGUGUUAAAGAGUGAUAACGGUCUACCAUUCCAGAGCCAUGAAUUUAGUCUGUACUUGAAAGAACUCGGCAUUAAACAUAAACCAAGCUCACCAUUAUGGCCCCAAGGAAAUGGACAAGCCGAGAACUUUAUGAAACCACUUGUAAAGGCUGUGAAAUCUGCUCAUCAUGAAAACAAAGAUUGGAAACGUGAGAUGUUUAAAUUUUUGCUCAACUACAGAGCUACCCCACAUUCCAUCACUGGCAAGUCACCGUCCGAGUUGCUAUACAACCGUAAGAUUCAAACAAAAUUACCUCAUGUGACAGUCGAAAAUGAUUCUUCACUUCAUCAAGAGGUGAAGGAGAGAGAUGAAAGGUUGAAAAAAAACCAAAAAGAAUAUGCUGAUUCCAAAAGAAGAGUUAAGUGUGCUGACAUCAAGAAAAGUGAUUUAGUUUUGGUGCGGCAACCGAAAUAA